CGGAUAAGUGACUAAGGAGAACAAAUAUUUUGCCAACCUCAGUUUCAAAUCGCCUCCCGACGGCACUGAAAAGGUUAACAACCCUCACACUAGCGAAAACCACGUGCCAUACGUGACACAUCAAACGUUCGCUCGGACUCUCGACUCGGGUAUACAGCCUGCGCGUGUGUGCGUGACAGGUUCGCUUAUCAACAGCGCGAAUUCAGCGCUGCAGCAUUUUUUUGCUUCGUAUUCAGCAUAUUUUUGCUCUACUACAUACCAGGAUCAUCUGUCAAAAAACGAAAGCAAUCGACCUGUAAUGAUUAUAUAGGAAAAGUAAAAAUAAAAUCAAAUUUUCAACCCCUGCAAGGCUUGUUGGAAUAGGUAGGUUUGGCCUGAAGAGAAAGUGCGUCGGAGAACAUGAAAAUUUGAGAGUGAUGAUUUUUGGGGCAAACUUAUUGCGUGAUAUACAAAUUUUUCGCAGUGUGACAAACAACGCAAUUGGCGAAGAGCAAACACGAAUGUGGAUAUAAAUAGUUUUUCUUUUGUUUCUGAGUGAAAGCAAAGGAAAUGUUUUCUCUAAGCGUGAACUGAUAAGAGAACAAAAGGUAAUUAUCGAAUUGCGUCCCCUUAGUGCGCGGGUGACAGCUGUGAAGGGACGACCUUGAACAGUGUGUGAACGUGCUUGCGUUGCGUUUCUAUUGUGAUGAACGAAAAUCGUUUCACCAACUAUCUUCAGCAAGGACCAGCCCAGGAAAUGCGUCAGUUUCAGCACCAAUGUCGAGUUUGCGGAUCGACGGAAGGUCUUCGAAGAUGUAGUCGCUGCCAGGUUGCCUACUACUGCUCGCAGGUUCACCAGCGGCUGGACUGGAAGUUGCACAAGCUCGAAUGCCGAUCGACUCAGCUGCUUCCGGCCAGUGUCCAGCAGCUGCAGUUCGGUGAAGUUUUUUCCCCCGCUAGAUCUGCACCACUUCUAGCUGGCACGGGCUUGGAAUCACCAAUCUUUCUACGGCAAGAGCAGCAGGCGACGUCUCUCGGCGGAAUGGUGUACGGCGGCAGUGGCACCAGCAGCGCUGCUGUUUCACCGAGUGGCGUACGUGAUGAAAAUUUGUCAACAAACGGACUGCGGGCCACCACCACAGGCGUAGAAGCGAUGGAUGGAAUCGUGUGUACGUCGCCGUCGACAGCAAUGCCACCACCACAAGCGCAAGCAGUGACAGUAACGACGACGGCGACGUCGUCUCCGUCGUUGCAGCCAGUGAUCUUGAACAGCGAGGACGAACUGCUGCUCAGCGACAAUACAGUAUCGAAACUGCUCGGGAGUGAGUCGCUAGCAUCUGCGGUGGAAGAGUUACUUGAUUUGGGCCAUAUCGAUGUGGAUCAUAUUUUAAACGAAAACAACUUCCUUAACAAUUUGAACUUUUUGGACGAAAAUCUCAGCGUGGCAGAAAGUGUGGGCAAUAACAAUAUCGAUUUUGAUCGCAGUAUUGGUAAAACUAGUGCCAUUAAUAGCAGUGAUAGGUUUGCGAUCGAAACAGGCAACACGACUGGAACAGUGCAAAACAGCCAAGUUGAACGGUUACCUGACCGGAACAACGAGAUGCAACUCACGCAAACAAUGGCGGUGGCUGCGCCACUGCAAAACCGUAGUCAGCUUGCCGGUAGUGAGAGCAAUAGUAACAACCGUGCUACUACGGACGAAAGUGUAAGCGCGCUGCUAAACGCAAAGAUAGACAAUCUACUGGGAAUCGGCCAGCCGGCUGAUGCUGCCUUGUUGGCGGAUCUCGAACAGGAAAGCUUGGAUGAGGCCUGCCGCAAUCUGGUUCGGGACAUGAAUGAAUACGGGGUUUGUGUGUUGGAUAAUUUUCUUGGUCCAGAACGGGGACUGAGGGUGCUGAAGGAGGUCACCGGCAUGUACUCGUCUGGAGUGUUUCGGGACGGUCAACUGGUGUCCAAUCGGGGCGGAAUGAACAUUCGACACAUUCGCGGAGACAAGAUUACCUGGAUCGGCGGAAACGAGCCGGGUUGCAGCAACAUCGGCUAUUUGAUAAAUCGGGUGGAUGCCGUUAUAACCAACUGCAAACGGAUGAAGAACAAUGGCAAACUUGGACUGCACAACAUCCGAGAGCGGACAAAGGCGAUGGUAGCUUGCUAUCCCGGAUCCGGUUCGCACUACGUCAAACACGUGGACAAUCCGAACCAGGACGGUCGUUGCAUUACUGCUAUCUACUACCUCAAUCUCCAUUGGGACGUGUUGCAGAGUGGCGGCCUCUUGCGAAUUUUCCCGGAAGGUUGCCACGAUCGAGUCGCUGACAUCGAGCCUAUUUUCGAUAGAAUACUAUUUUUCUGGUCCGAUCGGAGGAACCCGCACGAGGUACAGCCAGCCCAUCGGACCCGUUAUGCAAUUACACUGUGGUAUUUGGAUGCCGAGGAGCGUGAGUCGGCUCGGCUGCGCUACCAACGAGAUUUCGAGAACCGAUUCAACGCGUGAGCCCGCCGGUCAAGUUGCCGUAAAGGAAUCCGCCUGUUUCUUUGUUCCGUAAAGUUUUUGAUUUGACACCAAACCAAUCAAGAGCAUAUUAGCACUCAGCACCGGGCAAAUGCAGGACGGACGGGCAGGGCUCUAUUUAAACGACAGCUAGGAUAGUGCGCUUCCUGCAGGGCCAACAAAACAGAAGCGCCUCGAACCGUUGAUUUAAGAUACCAAAAAUGUGAUACUCCAUUGCUGAUUUGAACGCGAAUCAAAUGUUAUUAUUUUUCGAUUGUAUUUCUGUUGUUAUGUACAUAGAAGAAAAUGUCGAUAGCCAGUAGCUUUUUUUACUAAUAAAAAAGUUAGUCAAAUGUUAGGUUUAAGGUACGAACUGUUCCAAACAGAUGCAACCGAGUUGCCGUCGCAGACCUGUUCUCAGGUCUGUUGUAACAGUAGUCAAAAUGUUUACAAUUUAAGUCAUCUUCGCGAGCGUAGGUUAACUUCUAUUUAACAAUUACAAAUUAUCCGAUUCGGAACAAACUAUCUGUAAACUGUAGCUAGAGAUGCGUUUAUUUAAUGACAAGUUGGUGUUUGGUUUUAGAUUAAGCUUUGUAUGAAUAACAAAACAAAAUUACGGAAGAUUGAGCCAAAAUUUACUUCUAAUUUGUAAAUGAACUCAACAAUUUUUUGUUUGCUCAGAAAGUUUGCAAAUUUUUGGCAUUGUGACGAUGAGAAUAUAAUUUUUCCAAGUUGAA